GGGGGCUCGUAAUAAUGUACAUAUGAUUUAAGCAAUAUGAACGUAACGCACGGUGCAAGCCUCGCAGUGUGUGUAUAGUAUUCAUUUUUAAAGUGAAAUGGUGGUGAAAGGGUGAGAUAUUUCUCGUGUUUUCUGAUCGAGAGUGUUUUAACAUGGAACCCGUUAUACCAGUCCUGUCGUCUUGGUGUUGCCGUCAAUUAUAUGUCGAAAAUAUAUCUGAAAGCCAACCGGCUCUUGGGGUUGGGGAAAUUACUGGCCACUUCACAGUGGUAGUUUUAUGUUGCAAAAUAAUUUGGUAAGGGAACAGGGAACAAAACCGACAGUCGGAUUGUAAAAAUCUUUGCGAAGUUAAAGAAAGGUGUAUUUUUUUCUGGGAUGUCCACUCCAGCACGAAGGAGGCUUAUGAGAGAUUUUAAACGGCUGCAGGAAGACCCCCCGGCGGGCGUCAGCGGCGCUCCAUCAGAGAACAACAUCAUGGUGUGGAAUGCGGUCAUAUUUGGGCCAGAGGGGACACCAUUUGAAGAUGGCACAUUCAAGCUGACGGUAGAGUUCACAGAAGAAUACCCCAAUAAGCCUCCAACAGUUCGGUUUGUGUCCAAGAUGUUUCAUCCAAAUGUAUAUGCAGAUGGUAGUAUAUGUCUGGAUAUUCUUCAGAACCGCUGGAGUCCAACCUACGACGUAUCAUCUAUCCUCACCUCUAUACAGUCUCUGUUGGAUGAACCAAACCCAAACAGUCCGGCUAACAGCCAGGCGGCACAGCUGUACCAGGAGAACAAGAGGGAGUACGAGAAGAGGGUGUCUGCCAUCGUCGAGCAGAGCUGGAGGGACAGUUGAUUGUGGUUUUACACCUUUGAGAGCACUUAACCUCCAAUAGUCCCCCUCCCCGUUCAUUUUUUAAAGAUUUUAUGCACUUUACCUCCUUGACCAUAACACUCCAGCAUGGUGGUCUUUUGUUUUUUGUUGACACAUGUCUGCCAUUUUCAGAGAAGUUCCCUGCUGUCCACUGUGUUAACUUGGUCUACAUUUGAGGCUAUUGGACUGUGCAGAAGUCAGUAGUGGCCCCAGCUUACGUUUUUUUGUUAAAUGAAUAUGAUAAAGUCCAGAGACCUUGUUUGAUUUGAGUUUAAUUUGUGUGUGUAAGUGUGUGCUUGCUGGGCAGGGCAGCCAUCCAGGGGGUAGAGAGGGCUUGCUGUGCAUUGUUCUUACCUCCUGUGUGGUGUAAUCCUGCCUUGUGUGUUUGCUUAUCUGGUGAAUCGUCUCCUGUUACUGGUCAACCUUACUUGCUCGAACCAAACCUGUGUGAGAAGGUGACUUGGCGCAUUCUGAGCCCCCCCGAGUCACCAAUGUGCUGUUCAUUCUGUUCUCACGUGUAUAUAGUUAACCGCUGAAGCUAUGUACAGAUUUUGUACAAGAUGUUCACAUCAUGUUUUCCAACCUUUGUAAAUAAAGGGACAAAACUACCUUAACUAACAAA